AAAUUAAAAAAAUUAAAAAAAUUAAAAAAAUCAGUCGAUCAAAAAGUUUUUGCCCUUACUUCUUCCUCACCCCUGCGGCCCUGCCACUGACCCAAGCCCCCAUCCCGUCCCCUCCCCCUCUUCCCUUCCGGCCGCUCGCCGAACGCCAUCGGAAGCCCCCACGGGGCCACAUCGAAGAUCGGGUUCUUCACUCUUCAGAAAUCAGAACCCUCUUCCUCUUCCUCUUCCGCUUCCGCUUCCGCUCUCCAACGAUGGAUCAGUAAUCGGGUGGUUCUUUACAAACCAGAGCAGCCAGAGAGUUAUCGUGGGGCCGCGCACCGCUCGCCAUCGGAAUCCCCCGCGAGGCCGAGCACCACUCACAAUCUGGUUCUAAGUUCCGCUGUUCCACUAUAUCCGGAUGGGUAGCAACGAGGAUUAUUCGCAAAUCGAUGUGUCAUUAGAGGAGAAAGAUAAGCUGGUUGCGGAAGUAAUUCGCUACGUGCUGUUCAAGACGUACCAGACUGCCGGCUGCCCGAUAAAGCGGGAAGAAUUGGCGCAAAUUGUGACGAAGAAUUACCGCCAGCGCGCCCUUCCUGGGCUCGUGAUAAGCGAGGCGAAGGAAAAGCUCUCGAGCGUUUUCGGCUACGAGAUGAGAGAGCUCCAGCGGCUUCGUCUGCCAUCGCGGUCGACUCGCUCUUCGCAGCAAUGUAUGGUAGAGGCAAAAUCAUAUAUUGUAACGAGUCAGCUACCUUCCGAUAUCUAUAGCAAAUACUUGGAGGAUAAAGAGAAUUCCCAUAUGACCGGUUUCGCUUUUGUUGUUGUCGGCAUUGUCCAUCUCGCAGGCAGUAAAAUUUCUGAAGAAAACUUAUGGCAUCAGUUGAGAUGGCUGGGCUUAAACGAGAGUGACGAGAAUCAUCCGGUUUUUGGCAACAGUAAGCAGACACUGGAGAUGCUUGUGCAGCAAAGGUACUUGCAGAAGGAGAAAGUUGCCGGCCCAGAAGGCAAUAACUUGAUGUAUGAUCUUGCUGAGAGGGCAUUGGAUGAGUCCAUCAGUGGGAAAUUAAAAGACUAUAUCUCGCAGGUGGUGAAUAAAGACCCCACAGUAGAAGCAGAUUGACAUUAGUUGGAAAAUCGACCGCGAGUGUUUCCCUUAUUUUACAAUUCAACUUUAUCUAUUAUCCUCUGACUAAAUUUCUUGUUUUUCCUUUCUGACCUUGCUAGGCUGCCAGACAUUCUGAAUCCAAUCCACUUGACCUAAAUGUUCCUUGAAGCAAGGGAUUAUCAUCUGAGACCGGAUGUUUAAUGUGUAUAGCUACUCUAAUGUCUUCUUUUGCGACAGUUUAACUGAGCGGGUGAUGAAAAUACAACUGAAUUAAGCCAUGAAAAAUUGUUAAGGCAACAUUUGAUUUUGAAUGGCACUCAUUUAUGACGACACUUUAACAUCUUGAUGAUGUCAACUGAGUCAUCUUACUGUUGUACAUAUCUCCGAAAAUUUAUGUUCAGAAUAUGUAGAGAAGUUUUUGUGGUGCCAUUGCUGGUUCGCUAGUCAUCUAGUGAGUCUAUGAGAUUAUUGUAUAGGAGGAAGCUAAAUGAGUUGUUAAGGCAGGCAAGAUGUAUGGGUUCUUUGCAGCUUUGUAACAGGAGUAAUUUAUGAGAACAGGAAUGCUAUUAUGCUACUCGGAUGCAAUACUAUUGUUCUUUCAUCCUUCAUA